ACGUAGUACUUCUAGAAGUAUUAAACGUCUUACUGAUGUACUAUUGUCAUUACUACACAUUCUACUGAACUGUAAUCGCCGGUGUAUUUGAGGUACUCUGGGGAAAAUACGUCAGUCCUACCAUGAUGCAUUUUCCCUUAUAGAGGUGUCAUGUGGAGAUCCUGUAAUACUGCCCCACACUGGACAAAUGUGGAAUGGCAAAACCACCCCUGGAAGCUAUGUAUUCUACUACUGUAAGAAAGGAUUUUUUAUUGAAGGUGGAGCAAAUCUGUCCCACUGUACAGAAAGGGGUUCCUGGACUAGGCCAAGCUUAUCAUGCAAAGAAAUAGCAUGUGGGGAUCCCCCUGCCCUGCCUCACACCAAGCAGGUGUGGGGGGGCCUCUCUAACCUGGGCAGCAGUGUGUCCUAUUACUGUAAAGAUGGAUUCUAUCGUGAGAAAGGAAGCAAUGUGUCCUUUUGUGCAGAAACUGGUUACUGGACUCAUUCAACAUUGUCAUGCAAAGAGGUUGACUGUGGUGUCCCCCCCGAUCUCCCUCACUCAGUCAUGUUGUGGGAUAACAGGUCCAGCAUGGGCUCUGAGGUGGUGUAUCGGUGUAGCUCUGGGUAUCACAAUGUGGGAGCGGGAAACGGCUCGGUUUGCACUGCCGGUGGGCAGUGGAACAAAACAACGUUUCUGUGUCAAGAGGUUGACUGUGGGGAGCCUCCAUUUAGACCCCAUUCUAAGAUGAUCUGGGACCAUGUGUCAAGGAUGAACAGUGUGGUUUACUACCUAUGUGACAAAGGAUAUUUUCUCUCAAAUGGGAAAGACUAUACUGUGUGUGAAAACACAGGGUUUUGGGAGGAGAAUGAUCUACAUUGUGAAGAGAUAAGUUGUGGUCAACCACAAAUCCUUCAAUAUACUAACAUACUGUGGGACAAUACAACUGGACUGGGGAGUAUGGUUGAGUAUGUGUGUAUGGAUGGAUUUUACAAAGACACUGGAAACAGUCUCUCAGCUUGUAGAAAAUCAGGAGAGUGGGAGAAGGUUACAUUGAAAUGCAAAGCUAAAUGUGGUCCUGCCCCAUACCCUGUGAAUUCUGAAGUGAUUUGGCACAACAGGAGUGCUGUCCUCCAUGGCUGCAUGAAGGGACACCACAGCUGGAAGGGCAGCAACAUGUCUGUGUGUGACGACACUGGGAAGUGGCAGGAGGCCACAUUGAGAUGCAGAGAAAUCAAGCCAGCCAUCAGCGAACUGGCAGUUUUUAAUGACAAAUGCUUAAGAUGGAAAGCAGAGAAAUACGAAGAGGACACCGAAAAUUACAGAGUAGUAUUCAGUGGAUUCAGAACCUAUCAAAGGAACUUUCAUGAUAAGAGGAAGAUGGCCCUGGGCUCUGAUGAAAACCAACUGGAAGUAUGCCUGGAUCUGCUUCCUGUUACUAACUAUACCAUCACAGUCACUGCAGUGUCUGCCAGGUUCACCUCCACUAUCUCAGCGAACACCAGUUUACAAGUUCCUCAAGCACCAGAAGUCUUCUACCGGGAAUUUGAAACCCCGUUCCCCAAUCUGUGGCUACGCCGAUCGGCCAGCACUCUAGACCCAAUCAGUUAUUACCAGGUGUUUGUCUUGCCUCUGGAGGGAACCCUUGUGUUCGACUGCGCCUCUCCCAAGAACCCAGACUUCCUACGCCAGAGGGGCCUCCAUGGACAGUACAUCACAGCACAAGUCCAUCUGAAGAAUGUAGGGAGAGAGAUGAACUUCAGUGUGGGGGAUGCACACUACUAUGAAGGGUACUACAAUGCUCCCUUACUGUACGGCACAGAUUACUACAUCAUUUUACGAGCUGUCAGUCAGUGGAGAGGGGCUUUUAAACAUUCUUGUGUUCUUUGGGCAAAAGUGAGAGGAACAUCUUACGUGAUGAUGAUGUCAGCAGUUUUUGUUAGUGCAGCAAUUGGACUUUUGGCCACGGUCGUUAUUGUAGGAUACUUGUACACUACUUUUACAAAGACGCACUGUUGUUUUAGAUGUGGUCAAUCCAAUUAAAGUUUAAAGUAGGCAUACAGUAUGUCACUCAGACUGGA